AUGGCCAGUAGCGAUACUAGCGUGUGCUGGUCUGCCCUUUACACUUGCUUUCCCGCGGCGAGGGAGGCCAUCAAGGGCUCCACAGUCGAUGAGCCUUCUAAUGGAUUUUUGCUCGCGGCCUCUCUCCACUCCCUAUUUGGGAAGAAAGUGGACGUGGUCGAGGACGAGGACCGGGACGAGGAGGAAAACACGCGCCGGGAGGGGGGUGCAUAA